AUGACGACUGCUCACAGACCAACCUUCGACCCCGCUGUAGGCAAAGAAGCCCAGCGCGGCCCAGCAUACCACCAGCGCCUCCUCCCAGCGCACACCCAGCUGAAAGUCCGUAAACCCGGCCAAGGCGGCUCCGCCGACUCCCAAUCGCGCGACCUGCGCGCCGAACUCCUCGCCGCCGAAGCCGCUCACUUCGCCAAGACGCGCGGUGGCGCCCCCGACCAAGACUCUGUUAACGAUGCCGCUCUCGAAGCAGGGAAGCGGGGAUUACUCGAAAGCGGCGCGAUGGAGGGGGUAGAAGACGACAACGAGGCGAAAGAAGCGAAGCGGCGGAAGAUCCUAGAAGAGACGCGGGACAUCGACGCCGAUUCAGCUUCUGAAAGCGAGAGCGAGAGCGAGGACGAGAGUGAAGACGAGACGGCGGAGCUGCAGCGGGAGCUGGAGAAGAUCAAGAGGGAGAGGGCGGAGAGGAGGGAGGCGGAGGAGAGGGAGAAGGCGGCGGCGGAGGAGGAGGCGAGGGAAAGGGAUAUGGCGGGGGGGAAUCCGUUGAUGGGAGGGGGGGCGAAACAGGAUUUUGGGGUUAAGAGGAGGUGGGAUGAUGAUGUGAUUUUUAGGAAUCAGGCGAGGGGGACGGAGGGGAAGGAUAAGAAGGAGUUUGUUAAUGACUUGCUGAGAUCGGAUUUCCACAAGAGGUUUAUGAGCAAGUAUGUGAGGUGAGCGUGGUAUGGGACUUGGGGGUGGAAUUGGGAUGGGGAUGAAUGCUGGGUCUCGGAUAGGACACCAAGUCGAGCAUGAGAGGCGUGGUAUAAUUGAGGCUCAAGGGAACCGAGGAGUUUGAUACGAAUAGCAGUCGUCGCAGGACGAAAUGAGGCUCAAGAGACAUGGAGCAGAUGGACAGAUGGGAAGCAACACAGCGGCGUUUGGGAUCGGACGGCGAUUAGAGCGGGACCGGGACAGGAGGAAAGGAUUACUACAUAGAGUGACCA